UCACCACUCUCACUCACUUCUUCUACCUCUAAAUUCUCCCCUCUUACCUUUUCCUUUACUUUUUCUAGGGUUUUCACCUAUACUUUCACAUAUAUACCAUCUCACAUUUUUAUACUAGACCCAUGUUUCACACUCUAAGUCCAACUUAGCUGCUACUUCAUACAUUUGCAGGUCUUUUCUUGUUUUUUUUCUUUUUAGGAGAAAUGGGAGUUUAUAAUAUGCUGUUUACAACGGUAGUGGAUUUAUCAACGGCCAUGAUGAUAGUAGCGUUGGUGUUAGCUUAUCUCGUGUGGUUCAGAUCCACCACGCGGUCUUUAAAAGGGCCGCCCAAGGGGCCGCGGCUGUGGCCCGUUUUAGGCAGUCUCCCGGGCCUAAUCCAGAACAAUGGCCGCAUCCACGAGUGGAUCGCCGAUAACCUCCGAGCCUGCGGCGGAACCUACCAGACCUGCAUUUUCGCCCUCCCGUACCUGGCGCGGAAGCAGGGGCUCGUGACGGUCACGUGCGACCCCAAAAACCUAGAGCACAUUUUGAAGGUUAGGUUCGACAAUUACCCCAAGGGCCCCACCUGGCAGGCUGUGUUCCAUGACCUGCUCGGCGAGGGCAUCUUCAACUCAGAUGGAGACACGUGGCUGUUCCAGCGUAAGACCGCCGCACUGGAAUUCACCACCCGCACGCUGAGGCAAGCCAUGGCGCGCUGGGUCAGCCGCGCUAUUAAGAACCGCUUCUGCCCGAUUCUCGAAUCGGCUCAGCUCCAGGGCAAGCCGGUCGAUCUCCAGGACCUCCUGCUCCGGCUCACUUUUGACAACAUAUGCGGCUUGGCUUUUGGGAAGGAUCCUCAAACCCUGGCUCCGGACCUCCCCGAAAACAGCUUCGCCUCCGCCUUCGACAAUGCCACGGAGGCCUCGCUGCACCGGUUCAUUCUACCCGAGUUUAUUUGGAAGUUUAAGAAAUGGCUCCGGCUUGGGAUGGAGCUCAGCUUGAGCCAGAGCCUGAGACACGUGGACAGUUACUUGACCAAUGUGAUCAAUACACGUAAGCUCGAGCUGAGUCUGCAGCAGGAGAGCGGGGCCCAGCACGACGACUUGCUAUCGCGGUUUAUGAAAAAGAGGGAGACAUACAGUGAUAAAUUUCUGCAGCAAGUUGCGCUCAAUUUCAUCCUCGCCGGCCGCGACACUUCGUCGGUGGCGCUCAGCUGGUUCUUCUGGCUGCUCACGCUCAAUCCGGCGGCGGAGGAGAAGAUCCUAAUCGAGCUCUGCACGGUCCUCAAGGAGUCUCGCGGCGGCGAAAUUGCCAAUUGGCUCGCCGAUCCGCUGGUAUUCGAGGAGGUAGAUCGUCUGGUGUACCUCAAGGCGGCGCUAUCGGAGACGCUGAGGCUCUAUCCAUCGGUUCCGCAGGACUCGAAGCAUGUGAUCGCCGACGAUGUGUUGCCGGACGGGACAUUCGUACCGGCCGGAUCGAAUAUCACUUACUCGAUCUACUCGUCGGCGAGGAUGAAGUUCAUUUGGGGAGAAGAUUGCCUCGAAUUCAAGCCGGAGAGGUGGUUAUCGAAGGAUGAGAAGAAGUUUGAAGCCAAGGAUCAGUUCAAGUUCGUGGCGUUUAAUGCGGGGCCGAGGAUAUGCCUGGGGAAGGAUCUGGCGUACCUGCAGAUGAAGUCGAUCGCGGCGGCGCUGCUGCUCCGCCACCGCCUCGUGGUGGCGAAGGGGCACAAAGUAGAGCAGAAGAUGUCUCUGACGCUGUUCAUGAAAGACGGGCUAAAGGUAAAUGUGCAUCCUAGGGAUUUAACCCUAAUUAUGGACAAAAUUGGGAAAAACGGAUAUUGAUUGAUUAGGAUAAUUAGUUCCUACUUUGUGAAUAGGAUGAUGAUGCAUAAUAAUUUUAUACUAGUAAUUUCGUGAUUCACUGUGAUGGGUACCUUAAUUAGAAGAGGGGGCAACUAAUCACAGCCUAAAAAGAUUUGAGGUUGGGUGAUUAGUAUGACUAAUAAAUAUGAAGGUGCCCCUCACAAUGAAUCAACAAUUUGGGUCUAUUUCGUCUUCAUGGUUUUUGCCUUUGUCAAAUUAAAUUACAGUCUUUUGUAUUGUUUUUUUUCUUUAGAUUAUUAGCACUAUAUUAUAGAAUGUAAUUUUCUUUAUAUUUGAAAUAAGGAAUAAAAUGUUGAGCGAAUUUGACCUUUCUGGCAA